GCAGCAAUUAAAAAUAGGAUCUGCAUGCAAACCCAGGCAGCCUGGCUCCAGAGACAGUCACCAUUACCAUCUCCUCGUGUCUGCCACGUUUUGUGUUUUCCAGGGGCCCUUCUUACAUUUCAUAGUUCUCUCUCCCAAGAGGGAAGGAGAGGUAAGGGCUAAGAAGAGAAUGUUACUGCUUGAUUUUCUAUUUAUUUGGUUUACCUUCAUUUCCUCAUGAUUAUCUAAUGAUACAUACUUAGCCUAGACAAGGCCCAUCUUUUCUUAUUUGUCUGUACACACUUACCCAUGAAGAUCACUCACUUUUCUCACUCACAUUCAAGUGAUUAGCCAAGAACCAUAUGAUGCAAAUGGUUUUUCUCUUUGCAAGCUGUCUGUGUUUCCCAGUGCACUGAAAACCACACUACUGCUUCCUCUUUGCAUUUGUAGCAAGAACACAGCUUUUGCCGCUCAGUGUCUGAGCAACUUCAGUGACACCACAAGGAAAGGUCUGUCCUGGCCCAAAUGGCACACAUCCCACGUGUGGCAUCUUUCUUUCUUUUUCUGACUAAGCUCAGCCUUGGCCAGAGAGAGGUAACCAUCCAGAGAGGACCGCUGUACCGGGCUGAGGGCUACCCCAUCAGCAUUGGCUGCAACGUAACUGGCUACCAGGGCCCUUCUGAGCAGCAUUUCCAGUGGUCUGUUUACCUGCCCAAAGCCCCGACCCAAGAAGUCCAGAUCGUGAGCACCGUGGAUGCCACCUUCUCUUAUGCAGUGUAUGCGCAGCGGGUGAGAAGCAAGGGGAUCUAUGUGGAGAGGGUCCGGGGCAACUCGGUCUUCUUGCACAUCGCAAAGCUCCAGUUGAAGGAUUCUGGCGAGUAUGAGUGUCACACGCCAAACACAGAUGAAAGAUACUACGGCAAUUACAGCGCCAAGACAAGGCUAAUUGUUAUUCCAGAUACCCUCUCUGCCACCAUGAGUUCCCAGACUUUUAAUAAGGAGGAGGGUGAAUCAUUGGAACUUACCUGUGAAGCAUCCAAAGCCACAGCUCAGCACACUCACCUCUCUGUCACCUGGUACCUGAUGCAGGAUGGAGAAAGAAGCCAAACUACCAAGAUUAUUUCCCUCUCCAAAGAUUUCACGUUGAUCCCUGGGCCCUCAUAUACAGAGAGGUUUGCGGCUGGUGAUGUACUGCUCAACAAGCUUGGAGUCACUACCUUCAGGCUCUCCAUAGGGAGGCUCCAGCCCUCAGAUCAAGGUCAGCUGUUCUGUGAGGCAACUGAGUGGAUUCAGGAUCCAGAUGAAACCUGGACUUUAAUCACGAGAAAGCAGACAGCUCAAACAGCUCUGAGAAUCCAACCCACAGUGAAAGAUUUUCAAGUCAACAUUUCCGCUGAGAGCACGUUUACUGCAGGGAAAUCCUUAGAACUGGUCUGCCUGGUAGUAGGUGGUGGCUGGGACCCACAGCUUCAGGGCGUUUGGUUCUUCAAUGGUAAAGAGGUGGCCCGCAUGGAUGCUGGGGGUGUUCUGGACCUGAAGAGAGGCUACAAAGAGAGAGCAAUUCAAGGACAACUCCAGGUUUCAAAGUUAAGCCCCAAGGCUUUCUCUCUCAAGAUCUUCUCUGUGGGCCCGGAGGAUGAAGGCGCCUACAGAUGUACUGUGGCAGAGAUGGCAAGAGCUCAGAUGGGUUCCUGGCAGGUGCUUCAGAGCAAGCAGUCACCAGAUACCCGUGUGCAUCUGAGGAAGCCAGCAGCAAGGAAUGUGGUCUUAUUUACCAAGAGCAAGCUGCAAGCAGUGUGGGAAGGAGAGGCAUUAACCCUUCUCUGCAAGGCAGAUGGAGCUGAGAGUCUCUUGUCCGUGGAAUGGUGGCACUUCCCACAAGGCUGGACGCAGCAAGAGUUUGUGGCUGGCAUGCGGCAGGAUGGCACCGUGCAGCUGGGUCCCUCCUCCAAGGGCCACGCAAGGCUGGAGAAAAUAGACUGGGCCACAUUCCAGCUAGAGAUCAGCUCCACCACCAUCACAGACAGUGGUGUGUAUGAGUGCAGGGUGUCUGAGAGCACCCAGAACCUGGCCAGAGAUUGGAGCUGGACUCAGAAGUUGGCAGUCACUGUCAAAUCUCUGGAGUCGAGUUUACGUGUUAAGCUGAUGAGCCGUCAACCCCAAGUGGAAUUAGCCCACACCUUUGGCCUGUCCUGCAUAGUGGAGGCUGACUACCCCAACCUCGGGAUGCUCCUCACUGUGACGUGGCAGUUCCAGCCUGCGACAUCUCAAGUCUUUCAUCCACUAGUUCGAAUCACCCAUAAUGGCACUGUUGAGUGGGAGGAUUUCCUAUCUCAGUUCCAAAAGAAGACAAAGGUUCUACAGUCAUCAUUUCAUUCCCAACUCCUAGUCCAUGAUGCCACCGAGGAGGAAGCAGGAGUUUAUCAGUGUCAAGUAGAAGUCUACGUCAGAAAUUCCCUCUGCACAGGCAGCCCUGCAAGGGCUUCUGCUAUCUCUCACUCACUGAUGAUAGCCGUCAGUUUACCAGAGAGCAAGCUACAAGUGAACUCAAGUAGUCAAGUCCAAGAGAUCUCCAUUACCUCCAACACUGUCAUAGAAUGUGGCAUCUUGUCCCGGUCCGCUGGAGACCUUCAGUUAGCCAUCGUUUGGUACUUCUCUCCCAGUUCCGCUAACACAACCUGGCUGAGGAUCCUGCAGAUGGACCAGACCAGUGUUGUAAAAUAUGGGGAUGAAUUUCACACCCCAGGGAGAAAACAAAAAUUCUACCCUGAGAAAGUUUCCCAAGACUUGUUUCAGCUACACAUUUUGAACAUGGAAGACAGCGAUCAAGGCAAAUACCUCUGUGCUGUGGAGGAGUGGCUCUUGUCUACAAAUGGAACUUGGCACAAGCUUGGAGAAAAGAAGUCUGGUCUGACAGAACUGAAACUCAGGCCCACAGGAAGUAAGAUCCGUGUCUCCAAAGUGUACUGGCCGGGAAAUGCUACCGAGCACGGAGAGGUGGCCAUCCACUGCAGCAUGGAGAGUUUUGGCAGUUUAGCUUCCCUGUUCUCUGUCACGUGGUACCGGAACAGGGAAAAUUCUGGAAGGAAGAUGCUGGUGCAUCUGCAGCAUGAUGGCUUGCUGGAGUAUGGUGAAGAGGGACUCAGGCAGCAUCUGUACUGUUACCGUUCAUCCCCUACAGACUUUGUCCUGAAGCUUCAUCGGGUAGAGAUGGAGGAUGCUGGACUAUACUGGUGCAGGGUGACAGAAUGGCAGCUACAUGGCAACCCAAGCAAGUGGGUCAACCAAGCAUCAGAGGAGUCGCAGCACAUGGUACUCAGGGUACUGCCUUCAGAGCCCACAUUUCCUUCCAGGGUCUGCUCGUCAACAUCUUUACUCUAUUUCCUGUGCGCCUGCCCCUGCGUUCUGUUCAUUCUUCUGCUCAUUUCCCUCCUCUGCGUGCACCAAAAGGCCCGGAAGUUGUCAGCGCUGAGCCUAAAAGCGCAGCAAGAGAAGUCUCUCUGGGUGAGCCUGAAAGGGCCUGGAGACUGGACAACCAACCGGAGGGAAGAGGAAGACAAUUGAACCCGGAGAGCUGCCUGCAGCCCUGGGGAAGGUGCGGGCUUUGGAAUUGGACUGAGCGGUGGCAGGUGAAUGGAUCCUGAUUGGGUUCUUCUGAGUGUCUGUGGCCUUGGGCAAGUUACCUAGGAAUCAGGGGGAAUGUUUACUGGGCAAGUACCCGGGGCCCCACACCCCUGACUGUUUCUUCGUGUGUUACCCUCAUCUACCCCUGGCAUCGUCCCAGGAGCAAGAUGAUUUAUCCUGUUUUUCAUUUGCCCACAGAGGUUCUGGCUCCCUGUCUGUAGGGGGACAACCUCCCUCACACAGCCUCUUGGGGUGAGGGUGCUCUCUCCUCUCUCCUCUCUUCUGUCACUGAUUCCUGGGAAAACUCUCCGAGUGGUCCAGUCACACUGGCUCUAGGUCAUCUUUUGCCCCCCAAUAAGAGGCUCAGGAAGGGGCCUGACGUCAGCGAGGCAAAAAGGAAUUGGAGAUAUGCCCUUCAUUCACAUCAGAUCUUUCUCCCAACGCGAGUGUGACUUCCUUCAAAGCAGAAAUCUUGCCUUUCCCUCCUCCCAUCUAUAAGUGCUUCUCAAGAAUAAGCUCUGCAGGGACGCCUGGGUGGCUCAGUGGUUGAGCGUCUGCCUUAGGCCCAGGGUGUGAUCCUGGAGUCUGAGGGUCGAGUCCUACAUCGGGCUCCCUGCAUGGAGCCUGCUUCUCCCUCUGCCUGUGUCUCUGCCUCUCUGUGUCUCUCAUGAAUAAAUAAAUAAAAAUUGUAAAUAAAUAAGUAAAUAAAUUGGAAUCUCUGAGGGUGAACCCUGGCUUUAGAAUAUUAAAAAAAAAAAAAAAAAAGGAAUAGACUCUGCAUAGAGGAUGCCUAAUCAAUAUUGGUCCUUUGAUGAAAUUAUAAAGCAUUUUGUAGUCUGAAUCCUUUCUUUCUUUCUUUCUUUCUUUCUUUCUUUCUUUCUUUCUUUCUUUCUUUCUUUCUUUCUUUCUUUCUUUCUCUUUCUUUCUUUUCUUUCUUCUUUCUUUCUUCUCUUUUUCCUCUUUUCUCCACUAUCAUUAGGUCAUUGUUAAGGAGAAACUUUUUACAACAGUGCUCUAAUCAGCCCCCAAGACCUCCUACCUCCCCUUCCUCCCCACACCAAAAGACCCAUCUGGGUCCUGGCUCUUAGCCAAUGCCUUAUUUUCUUUGAUGUACCAGCAUUAGGUAGUAGCACAGGGCCUUGUGGUAGUUCUUGGGGAGAGAAGGUGUAACAGUGCCCCUGCCCUCUCCUCCUCCAGCAGGAGCUUGGAGCUCAGGGGAAGCAGUGAGUCAAGUCUGGCUCCUCAGGGCCCCCUGUUCUCAGCCACGAGAGGUCAGGGGGUCUGAGGUUGUGGAGUGUCAUGGCUUAAGGCUUUCAACAAUUGUCCCCCAGGAUAUAACAACUGUUCCCACUGGGCCUGAGGUCUCCUCCUCUUUGUUUAAAAAGCUGCUCAGGCCUGGUGGUAGCCAGAAUUAGAAAUCAGUGCCACCUAACAGACUUGAGAAAACGCAUCUAUUUAUUAUCUACGUGACCAACUGUGUGGCUUUAAACCUGGUAGUUUGCAUAUCCAAGGAGAGCAAUUUAUUUUUAAUUAUUUUAUCAAGCACACACGUCUUCUUCAAACAUAAUUAGUUCCUUUGCAAGGCGAGCAUUGGUGGCUAUGAGAACUCCCCACGUAGACCCUGUAGGUUCCUUAUGUUCAUCUCCCUUUAUAGGCUCAUUUGAAAUACUCCAAGUGUUUCCUUAAAUAUGUCAACACAUUUGUCUCUUCUCUUUCAGGUAGGGUGGCAUAUUUUUUAGAAAACAAAGACUUCGGCAGCCCUGGUGGCUCAGCGGUUUAGCGCUGCCUUCGGCCCAGGGCCUGAUCCUGCAGACCCAGGAUCGAG